GUUUGGCCACCUGCCCGGGAAACUUGUCGCUCUCGGGCGGGGACACGGAACCGAGGCAUGGAAGAUACGCUGGGGACUCGGGAGCCCCGGGUCCGGCCGAGAGAGCGGGACCCGGACCGGCGCCCCCACCCGGACCGAGACCGCCACCCCGAGCGACCGCGGGACAGAGCCGGGGACCGGCGCCGGGAAAGAAACGGGGACGCGCGGAGGGACGGGGACCGGAGAGGGGAUCGGGACAGGGGGAGGGACCGAGACCCCCGCCAGGACAGGCACAGGGACGCGGGCCGUCGCGCAGGUGAGCAGAGAGCUCGGGAAAAGUCCCGCCAAAGCCGGACGCGGGACGCAGCCCCGGGACCGACCUGGGACGCAGCCCCACCCCCUUGGCCCGCGCCCUGGGAAACCCCGGAGCCGCCCGCAGCGAGGAAGGAGAACUCCGGGCGCCGCGCACCGCAAAGUUACAGCGAAACCACUUCAGGGAGAUAUGUGCCCUCGCACCCCAGGCCAGGACUAGAGGAAGUGGAAUAUUACCAGUCAGAGGCGGAGGGGCUCCUGGAAUGCCACAAAUGCAGAUAUCUGUGCACCGGGAGAGGUGUGGUACAGAUAGUGGAGGUGAUUUUGAACGGGAUGGUUCUCAUGUGUAUCGUGGCCUCCUACUUUGUCCUUGCCGGAUUCAGCGCCAGCUUUGCCAGUGGCAGUGGCUUCGGGAACAACUACUACUCACCAUUUGAGGGCACUGAGCUGGAGCAGGUGCGGCAGCUGGACCAGCAGUACACAGUGCUGCGGGCGCCUCUGAUAUAUGGCGGUGUGGCUGUUUCUCUGGGGCUGGGUGUCCUCACCAUGGGCGUUUUACUCCAAGGAGCCAAGAGCCUAACAAAACUGCCUGGGAAGUGGCUCCUCGUGGAGGCCGCCUUCAGCCUCCUGGCAGCAGUGGGCUGCUGUGUAGGCAUUGGCGUUUACCUCCACGUAGCUUUGCAGAUCAACUCCACGGACACUUGCAAAGCAAGAGAGAGGCUCUACGCCCGCAAGGGUCUCACCUGGAUGAACUGCCAGCUGGCAGGCACGGAUGGAGCAGCAGCCACCUUUGCUUGUCUUCUGGUAAUUAUGUACAGUGCCAGCGUGGUACUGGCCCUGCGGAGCUACCGGAAACAGAAGCUCUACAAAGACAGCCAAGAAGAUCAGAGAAAUGGCAGAGAUGCACCAGAAUACCUGUGGUCUGGGACGCUCUAAGGGGAACCUUCUCUAAAGUAAAUGUCAACCCAACCCCAUUGCCUCUCUCAAGAGAUAGGUCUUUCACAACCACAGCAAACUGGUUGUCACAUGCUCAAUUUUAUAAGUGCUCCUUUUGGUACCAAUGCAGAGUUAAUUGCCUCAUUUUUCUGUUGUAAAGGGAGACCUGAUGAUCACUUGAAAAACCUGUAGUCAGAAAAGCAACCUCAGAAGUCAGGGUAUCCCCUUAUGGGGGUGCUCUCACCAUAUGAUAAUAGCGAAAAUAACUAACUAUCCAGAGAACUUCCAAAAGUUGAGAACAACACACCAGAGGGUAGCAUAUCGGGUGUUACAGUCAAAAUCUUACCUGUUCUAUCUUGAAUCACCAAAAGGAAUAAGCUAUCCUUGCUUGGUCCCAGGGAAUGAUUUAAAGCUGUGGUGUGAGUAAAUCCUAAAUGGGUAACUACAUUCUGUCCCCCAUGAGGGGAGGAAUUCUGCUGUUAGAGUGCCACCAGUGUCCCCUGCACCUGCAUGCUGCCAAGCAGCCUUCUUCUUUGAAAUGGGAGUUGGGUUCCUGGGAAAGAGAUGCUUUUAGCAAGCGUGAUCCUCCUCAGGACGGCUGCCUCAGGGCCCAGGGAAAAUGUUUCCUACCAGCUAUUCCAAGAUGGUUUCUACUUUGUGGCAUGCCUUUCCAUGAGGUUUCCAAAUAGUGAGAAAACUCACCAACUUCUUAAAUAUGUCAUUCAACUAAUUUCAAAGAUAAAGCAGUUAAUUUUACUAGGCUCCAAAGGCUUAUUGGAGAACUUUUCACUUCUGCAUUCCCACUUGCAGGUCUUCCAAGGUAGAUAGUGACCCUCAGUCCCCUGGACCUCUUCAUAACAUAACAGAUCUCUGACACGGAAUCUUAAAAGUUCUUUUAGUAAUUAUCAUCUGAAGUGUUAUACCUGUUCUUGUGCUUUACAGUUAUAUCCAUUUGUGUCAGAUCCAACCGGAAGUAUUCAUUCUCUUUACCUAAGUCUUUUUUAUAUCCUCUUGCUUUUCCACAACUAAUUCUUAUGGAACCUAUCCAAGACAAAAAAGUCAAAUGUAAAAUUCAUACAGAAAUGGGAAAACAAUGCUUGGAGGAAAAUAAUCAACUGGAAAUCUCUAUUGCUCAGUUGGAAAAAAGUCCACUAUGCCACAGAAAGGUGCUUCUUGUCACCCUCAACCUGGGGCAGUAACUAGACUCUACACGAGUUUCUCUGAGUGGCAGAGAUUUUAACAGCAAAAAUCAAACACCCAUUCACACUGGUCUCACCUAGCAUUUAUUCUCACCAGUCAUAUCCCUGUUGAAUGAUCUUUGCCCAUGCUGGUUCUUUUGCUAAACAAAAUGAGAACUUUGGCCUACCUGACUUCAGCUUUGUGCCCAGGCCCAGCUGGGGUACUGCUCCUGAGAUGCAGCUCUCUUCACCGAUAGGAGUCCAUCGGUGACUUUAACAAUACUAGCACAUAUCCAUAGUUUUAUAAGGUUCAAGGCUUUAGCACUUAUUCACCAUUUGUCAAGGUCAAGAUUUGUUAUAACAAGGUUCCAGAGGGCCAGUGUUUUACCCAAUAAUUAACAUUUCAUUGAAUGCUAUGGGCCAAGUACAUCACUAUGCUGAAGAAGCCCUUUGGGUCCUCUUAUUUAAGUUCACAACUGAUGGCAGAUACUAGUUUCUUAGCAAAUGAGAAAUAACUGGGUGGGGAUGCAGUUCAGUGGCAGAGUGUUUGCCUAGCAUGCAUGAGGCCCUGUUUAAUUCCCAGCACAGAGAGAGAGAGAGAGAGAGAGAGAGAGAGAGAGAGAGAGGAAG